GCCUGCGUGGGGCGGAGACUCGAGCCAGAGCCUGGGGUCCCGCGUGGGAUCCUGCGGGCUGCGGCUGCGCUCCCCGCAGAGUGACCUUGGGCCUAGCGUGGCCCCUGUGUGUGCGCCUCCAUUUCCCGCGGCCUCCACGCCUGCGGGGGCUGCUUGUUACAGAGGACAUAGCCCAGAGAGGUGAAGGUGCUUACCCGAAGUCACACAGCAGGUGACCCCGUAUGCAGCAGGAAUGUCUGAAGAGGAGGCAGCUCAGGGCCCCCAGCCCAGCCUGUCGGAGCCAGAGCAGGAGAACGUGGUGCAGCGCGUGGCGGCGCUGCCGGUCGUCAGGAGCACGUGCACGGCGGUGCGGGACGCGUACAGCUCGGCCAAGGACAGACACCCGCUGCUGGGCUCCGCCUGCCGCCUGGCCGAGUACUGCGUGUGUGGCCUGACAACCUGCGCCCUGGGCCGCGCCCGGCCCCUGCUCGAGCACCUGCAGCCACAGCUGGCCACCGUGAACCACCUGGCCUGCAGGGGCCUGGACAAGCUGGAGGAGAAUCUGCCCUUUCUCCAGCGACCCUCGGAGACGGUGGCGACCCCAGCCAAGGACACGGUGAGCAGUGGGGAGUCUGGUGUCGCAGGCCUGGCACGGCGGGGCCGGCGCUGGAGCGUGGAGCUGAAACGGUCCGUGAGCCACGCCGUGGACGUCGUGCUGGGCAAGUCGGAGGAGCUGGUGGACCACUUCCUGCCCAUGACGGAGGACGAGCUCAUGGCUCUGGCGGCCGAGGCCGAGGGUCCGGAGGUGGCCUCAGUGGAGGAUCAGAGGAGACAACAGGGCUACUUCGUGCGCCUGGGCUCCCUGUCGGCGCGGCUCCGCCACCUGGCGUAUGAGCACUCUCUGGGGAAACUGAGGCAGAGCAAACACCGCGCCCAGGACACGCUGACUCAGCUGCAGGAGACUCUGGAGUUGAUCGGCCACAUGCAGUGUGGGGUGGACCCCCCCACCCCAGCCUGCCCCGGGAAGGCCCACCAGCUGUGGGAGGACUGGAGCCGGCGUCCCCCCGAGAACGGCCGCCGCCGGAGCCAGGCAGAGCUGGAGACCCUGGCGCUGUCCCGCAGCCUGACGCGGGAGCUGCGCGGCUCGGUGGACAUCCUGGAGGCCAGCGUGCGGGGCCUGCCCCCGGGCGCCCAGGAGAAGGUGGCCGAGGUCCGGCGCAGCGUGGACGCCCUGCAGGCUGCCUUUGCCGAUGCCCGCUGCUUCGGGGACGUGCCGGCCGCGGCGCUGGCCGAGGGACGGGGCCGCGUGGCCCGGGCCCACGCCUGCGUGGACGAGCUGCUGGAGCUGGUGGUGCAGGCCGUGCCGCUGCCCUGGCUGGUCGGGCCCUUCGCACCCAUCUUGGUGGAGCAGUCCAUGCCCCGGCCCGACCUGAUGGCCCAGGUCGACGAGGUCAUCGGGGGCCCCGACCCCCGCUGGGCCCACCUGGACUGGCCAGCCCAGCAGCGAGCCUGGGAGGCCCAGCACGGGGACGGGACGGGCCUCCCAGGGGAUGUGCCCGAGGAGGGGGAGCCCGAGCCCCCCAGCAGCCCAGUUAAGCACACGCUGAUGCCCGAGCUUGAUUUCUGACCCAGAGGGCGCUGAUGGGGUAAACCGAGGCAGUGGCAGCCGCCUUCCCAUCCGAGAUUCUUGCUGCCCCCAUUGUGGCCAUGCGUGGCUUUGGCAUCGGGCUGGGGGGUAGGGGCAGAAGUCAGUAUCCAAACCCACCUUCGCUGGGAGCUUUUCCGCGGACCUAGGGGGAUACCGAGGCACCCAGAGAGGGGCGGUAGGGGAGCCUCGAACCCAACUCAGGUGAAGCUGAUCAAAACUCUUUUCCCAGAGAAACACAUUUUGCCCACCUUUGGGGUGCUGAGCUCCCUGGCUUCCAGGGAGAAGAGGGUAAGAAGAUUGCCCGUCUCCUCCCAGCCUGUCCCUCCUGGACCUGAGGGGCCCCCAGAGGCUCCACUGGGGCCCCCGCCAGGCCCACUUGCUUUGCCGUUUGGGGUUUUUUCUUGAGAAUAAAGGUGCUUCAUGUUCGCCCAA